AUAUAUCCGUAGUAAUCCAUAUAUCCUGUUAAGAGUAUAUCUCUAUCCUGUUCCGCCCUAAGAAGAAAGAAGCAGUAAAAAGAAGGAAUGGAAGGCCAUGAACAGCAAAACAAAUCAAGGGUUUUGAAGGUGAACUCUGAGGAGACAUGGGAUUUCUAUGUAACCCAAGCCACCAACCAAGGUCGCCCUAUUGUGGCACACUUUACAGCUUCAUGGUGCAUGCCAUCAGUGGCAAUGAACCCAUUUUUGGAGGAAUUGGCCUCAACUUACCAAGAUGUACUGUUUCUCACAGUUGAUGUGGAUGAUGUCAAGGAGGUAGCAGCCAAAUUUGAAGUAAAGGCCAUGCCAACAUUUUUGCUGAUGAAGGAUGGUGCUCGAAUUGACAAGUUAGUGGGUGCCAAUCCAGAUAAGAUAAGGAAAAGUAUUGAGAGUCUUCUUCAGUCCAGUCAAAUAUAUAUGGCCUAGUCAUGAUAUGUGCUUGUGCACAUCUUGAAACUUCACAAUAUGUGGCUGCAGUAGUCCCGUUUUUAUGUAUUGAAAAUGACAUGUCUAAAUGUGUAAAUUGGAUCUCAAGUGUGUAAAUUAAUAUAUAUUUUGUGUGUGAUGUGUGCGCCACAUAUGCAUUA